AUGCUCCACCUCACAAAAGCUGAGAAAAUCGCGUAUCUGCGCUCUGAAGCGGUCGGCCAGUUCGAACAGGCUGGGGCUUUACCACUGUUGCCCAAUCUUCCGCGUAAAUCCAGCACGUCGAACAGCGGCUGUCAAAGUACCCUUCGCGACUUCAAUGAACACACACGCAACACCUCAAAGAGGCGCUCUGAUCAGAAAUCCGUCGACGAGGUCAUUGGAAGCGCAAUCGACGAUGCUAUAGCCGACUUCAACAAUUUGGCCGUCGAGCCGUAUCCGAUCCCGAAAGUAAUUACUCCUGAUGCUUCAUUCGACUCAAACAAAGAGAGCAAGAAGAAGAGGCUCAACCGACGGGGUGUCAUGUUGACACUUGACAAUGAAUUCCGCUCGUGGCUCUAA